AAGUUUUUCGAUUUAUUCAGAAACUGAUGGCCUUGCCCUUCAUCCCUGCUUUAGAGAUCCGUCAGACGUUUGAAGAGCUGACUGAGACCGUCACCCCUCGCAACAAGCUUUGUCAGCUUGUGGGUUACAUGAAGACCCAAUGGAUCUACAAGAGAACAUGUCCCCCUUCAAGCCUAUCUUGCUUCCGACAGACAACAAGAACAAACAAUCACAUCGAAGUCAGGGAGCAACAGCUGGGACUAUACCGACUUAUCAAAGCCCUACAUCGGGAGGCGUCCCUGCUCCCAAUCAAGAUCCUCCUGCUGAAGGAGAGCAAAUUGAGGGGAAGAACCAGGGACCGAUCAACCACAGCCCAGAAGGAGAUCUUUCCUCUGUGGGCAGAGUUCAAGGAGGACCAAAUCACAGUCCAGCAGCUCUUGUCAAAAGUUAGCCGCAUUCAUGGACCAGCCCGUCAUACAGACGAAAGUUAAAAAGAAAAGAAAGACAUAUGAUUUCCUGUAGGAGGAACUUCUG